GUCCCAUGUUCAAAACAUUUCAAGAUUUUUCAGUUGGUGGAGUGAAAAAAAAAUUUAACUGAAGAAUCAAAAGUACUAAGACAAGCCCUUUGAUUAAUAAAUUCACUAUAAGAAAGUAAGAAGAUGGCUAAACAAAACUUUGUGGGUCUUGUGGUGUCACAAGGGAAGAUGUCCAAGACCGUAAAAGUAAGGGUUCAAAGAAAAGUGUAUGACUCUAGAAUCCAUAAGGAACUUAUUAAGAGAAAAGAUUAUUUAGUUCAUGAUGAAGGUGAAAUCUGUAAAGAAGGUGAUAUAGUUAGAAUAGAGUCUAUUCCUAAAAUUUCUAGCAGAAAAGCUUUUGCUAUUGCUGAAAUCAAAGUGAAUAAAGGUCAACAAUUUGCUUUAUAUGAAGAAUUAGCUAAGAAGAGAGUAAUUGAAAUUGAACAACAAAAAGGAGUUGAAACUGAACAAAAUAAAUCUAAUUUAUUAGAAACUAUUAGUCGAAUAGAAGCAUUAAGAAAAUUAGAUGAUGUUGCUAUUGCUUAUCAAGCUUCAAAUGUUUCAGAAACUGAAAGAGAAAAAUUAUUAAAGGAAAUAAAUGAUAUUAAAGACAAAUAUAAGAUUAAAUCAUGGCCUUCAACACAAGAAAUAUUACCACUUGAUAUAAAUAAAGAAGAAAUUCAACUUAAUGAAAUUGAACAUAGAAGAAAGUUCAUGACAUAUAUUCUUGAUAAAUUUUAUGAACCUGAAAUGAGUCAAAAGCGUGAAGAAAUAUUAUCACAAUUGUCCACCAAACCAUUAAAGAAGAACAUUGCAAAGAAUUUAUUGAGAAAGUACGUUUUAAAGCCAGAAAAUGAAAUCCCCUUCCCAUAUUAAAAAAUAGUCUUUACUGAUGAUCUCCUCUAGCAUACUCCAGCAUUACUUGUAAUUAUAUUGAGUUAUACGCUUAAAAUCAAACAGACGAACAACAUUUAUAUAUAGACACUAUCCUGUAUCUAUCCAAUCUGUAUAUAGAUAAAUUCCAUACCAAAUUUAGUAAUUUGAGUGGUUCUCAAGCCAUUAUCGCAUCUCUAAAAUCUGUCCUAGUAAUUCGCUAAUCGCAUCAUCCCUACUGUACUUAGAUUGGAUAUGUUAGAGUGUAGUAAGUCGAGAUCUUCACUUCGUUUUUAUUUGUCACAAGUAUGACAUGUGGUCAUAACGGGUCCUAUAAAUCCGUCAAAGCAAACGUGCAGAUU